AUGCUGUCAUCUGAGAUAACGGAGGAUAAGCUAUUGUAUAGAGAAAUCAGGACAAUCAAGGCUGGUGAAAUCGAAAGAUUUAAAAUACAUUAUGCUUCGGAUAAAAAAGGCGAUGGAGCGUUGAAGCCUCCGAAGAGCCUUUGGGUUAAAGUCAAAAAUAUAGAGCUGAUAGCGUUACGUGCAGCAUAUCUUGCAGGUCCAUAUGUUCUUUAUGUUGAUUGUAAAACUGAAGAAUAUGACCCUAAUAAGAAAUGUUUUAUAACUGCUGAUCAGCCAGUAUUUGAGCCACAACUAUUACCAGCCCAAUCGUUCUAUGCGGAACUAUCGUGCCAUACAAUUAAAGAGUCUUACAAUUGGACCAUUGAUGUUGUAUCUCAGAUUAUUUUUAAUAAGACUAUAGACGUUGAUUUUGAAAUAACUAUCGGUACAUCUAAGAGUAUUUUACAUGAUGCUUCUUUAGCGGAAAAGAAGGUUGAGAAUAGUGAUAAACGAGGGAAGUUUGUGCCUUCGACAGUUCUAAAUGUAGAAAAUCAUGACACAUUAGACUUGUGGAAUUUGCCUUUGCCUGAUACCAAAAAGCCUAUACAUUUGGUGAUAUUGACACAUGGACUUCAUUCUAAUGUUAGUGUUGAUAUGCUAUAUCUAAAAGAACAGAUUGAUAAAGCAAAUAAUGGAGAAAACAUUGUGGUUAAAGGAUAUUUUGGAAAUAUAGGUAAGACAGAAAGAGGUAUCAAAUAUUUAGGAAGUAGGGUGGCCGAAUAUAUUGUCGAUUUGGUAACUAAAAAUGAGACAUACAAUAACGGUAAAGUAGCAAAAAUAUCAUUCAUUGGACACUCUUUGGGUGGAUUAGUACAAACAUUUGCAAUAGCGUAUUUGCAAAAUAAUUUUGCAUGGUUUUUCAAGAGCAUUAAGCCUGUUAACUUUAUCACGAUAGCCUCACCCUUACUAGGUGUUGUUAACGAAAAUCCAGCGUAUGUUAAAAUGGCACUACUGGCUGGAGUGGUUGGAAAAACGGGCCAAGAAUUAGGACUAAAACUUGUUGAAAAUGAUUCAAAGCCGUUAUUACUAUUAUUGCCCACAGGCCCAACACAUAGAACACUAAAGAUGUUCGUAAGACGAACAGUUUAUGGAAAUGUAGCCAAUGAUGGUAUAGUACCAUUAAGAACCUCUGCGUUAUUGUACUUAGAUUAUAAGGGAUUAACUCAAAUUUUGAAAAAUCCUGAGAUAAAGAAGAAAUAUAUUGCAAAUAGUCAAUCCACUGAUAAGAUUCCUGACAAUAGCUCAUUAAAUGUUGACGAAAAUGGUAACAGUAAUGAUGACUCGGUUCUACUGCUGUCUAUUCAAGCCAUGUUUUCAUACUUCAUGCCUCAGAAACAAAGGAAAAAGCCUGAUGUUCAAUAUCAGAGAUUUCAAACGAAGAAAGAAGGCAAAUCCAAUAGCACUUCAACGGAGAAUGAUAUCGAAGACAGUGAAAAUAAUGACGACGCUUAUGAUGAAUUACCUAAAUCUUCGUUUGUUGAAGCAGCAACAACUCUAAUAUUACCUCCAUUACCACCCUUGAAGUACAUAACUGACCCAGAUUCUCGUGACGAUGUUGUAGUCCAUGAUAAGGUGUACCACGAAAACGAUUUGCCUCCCAGAGAUGUCAAUUCUGAAUCUCAGACAGAUGCUUUAAAAGCUUCACGAAUGGAUAAAGAUGAUGAAAUAAGUUCAUCAAACGAUGAUUCUUCAAGCUCACAACAAUCAUCCUUACGUCAAAGAUUCUUAGAAUCACUCGACGUACAAAAUGUGGAGCACAUUGAAGAAGAGAUUGCAAGGGAGUAUCAUAAGAAUAUGAGUUGGAGGAAAGUGUUGGUUAACUUGAAACCAGAUGCUCAUAAUAAUAUUAUUGUGAGAAGGAGGUUUGCAAAUGCUUACGGUUGGCCCGUAAUUGAUCAUAUAGUAAAAAACCAUUUCAAGGAUGGCAUAGAUUCUUCAGAUAAAUAUAACAAGCCAGACAGACCGAAAGUCUUCAUUGGAAAUGACCCUAAUUUACCAAGCUCGGAUUCAUUAGAUGCUGAAGUAGACCUUUCAGAUAUCCUUUCAAGAGAUUUAUUAACACAACAGAAUGACGACAUAGAUAAGGAGAACGAGGUCGAAGAAGCUGAUGGAGAGCAUUGCGAACAUGGUUGGAUUAAUUCUAAGGAUAAUUCUGAGUCCUUGUUUGCAGUCGGGCCGACAGGUCUCUUAUCUGAUGUGAGCGAAAUGGUUGGUAAUUUAAGAGAUCAAUGGUAUAAUUAUAAUGGCAAUAGCAAAGGAUCUAAACGAAAGAUAUCUGAUCAUUUCGAAUCCAACGGGGAUACAGAUAAAGAUUCAGAAAGAGAAAUCUCCGAUGAUAUCGAUAAAGAUGGUGAUUUAGGGUUAUCGAAACUGUUAAUGGGAAAUUUCAUCUAG